AUGCUCCCACUCCCGCGCACACCUCCCCUGCAUGUCUCCUGUGAUGCGGGAGCCAAGCACCUCACAAUGGAUCCUCCCACUCCCGCGCACACCUCCCCUGCAUGUCUCCGGUGCUACGAAGAGCGUGGCCCCCGCAGCACCGCUGACUGCAGCGGAGGAUAUUACUAUGGGCCCGCGCACAUGUCCGCUGAGGUCUCCGGUGAUGUUUGGGCCACGCUCCUCGUAGCAACGGAGGUGGCCCCAGCCUCACCAGAGCCCGCGCUGGAGGUUUGCGCCGGCCUUGUGGGAACGCUGGUGGCCCCUGCGUUCCCACAAGCCCGCGCAAACCAAGAACCCCGAGCUCCUUGCAGUCAGCGGUGCUGCAGGGAGCAAAGCCCCUGUAUCACCGGAGACCACAGCAGUGGAGGUGCAUUUGGCCAUACUUAA